AUGUCUACCUCUCCAGCUAAAGAACUUGUUACUUUACCUCUUUUGAAGCUCCAGCAGCUGGCCGAACUCUUUGCACAAGCGCUUCGGGAGACCAAAGAGCGUAAGCCUGAUGUUGAAUACGGUAUUGAUGUCUCUCACAAUACUGCGACAAGUGGUACUCGGACCCAGAUCGCCUCAAGCACCGCCAGACCGGAGAGAGAUGGUAGCGAUCCUGCAGGCCACGUUACAUCAAGCCACCCAGACAUGUCUGAGUCUAGAGAUUCUCGCAGGAACAUCAUCACAGAGAUCUGGAAGAAUGUGAAGAAAAGGGAGUUUGAAGCAACUUCUACCGAGAAGAAAGAACAACCAAGCCUCAAUUUACCGCAAGCCAAGUGCCGGACAAUAGAGACAGUGGAACUCCUCUUUCAACCAUAUCCUGCCUCUAUCGAUCCAGAGCCCCAGAAAUGGAAUAAAGAACGUGCAAUGGUGGUAGCCCACAGGCUACGAGGUCUGGCCAGAGACCUUGAUUCUGAAGAUAUCAACAGAUCGGCAGGGGUUUUAGCCUGCAUCGUGGCUUCUAUCGCUUCGAAAGAUCUGGAGAAGCCGAGGCUUGGCACAGUCCUGGACAUCUGUUACCAAAGUGGGAUCCUUGAUAGACCAAGUUCUCCCAAUCGGACGCAAUACAUCGAACAUGCCUCGCAUGUGAUACGGGGUUUGGUGGCCAGCAACGAAUUCUUGGAUUUCCAAACUAUCGAGGAUUCAUGGCGUGCCGAUUGGCUGGAUAUUUUUGCAGAGAGGUCUCUCAAGGAGAUCCUUGGCAUCGAACUGUCUGCUCUAGUUCAGAUAUUACAUGCAGUAGAUCCGGAGCCGACGUUAUUAGAGACUGCCACAGGCACAGACUUUCGAGCUGAUGACUUGAACUUCAAAACGCUGCAGAAAAUAGGAGGUCUAAGGGUCAUGUGGUCUCAAAAACUUGAAGACCAUCUACGUCUGGACCAUCAGAACAAGAUCAUCUAUAUCUCAUGGUUUCCCGUGCCAAAUUUAAGGACGUGGAGGGAGCCAUCUGACUUCUCCGGAUAUCAGUCAUUUCUGUUGGACAAUCUUCCGAGAACCUUCUUGGACUCACGCUGGACGAAUGUUAGACUAUCCCAGCAACAGCUCAUUGGUUUAGAGUUUGAGCUUGAAUCGUCCUGGGCCAUUCUUUUUGCCACCGGAGGCAUAACACAAGCAAAGAGACAAGCUGUCUAUGAAUCUUUAUGGACACCUUCUUGGCAUUCCAUCCCGGAAUUGGAGCGAUUUUUCCUCGAGAACCCAUGGGCACUCCAGGAGCAGAAAGAUCGACAAGUUCAACAAGGCCACACUUACAACAAUGACUUCCGGUUUAAUCAAUACGCCGAUACUCUCCAACAUAUCCAAGAUAAGGAAUACAUUGCCUAUGAUAUUUUUCCAAUGCUAGAGACACGCCUUAGGCAACUGAGAUACUACAUGGAUCAUCGGAAGCCACAAAGCUUUCGUGAACUCUGGAAUGACAACCAUGAUCCGCUCAACUAUUAUACUUUCUGGUGUGUCAUCAUCUUUGGGGCACUCACCAUUUUCCUUGCGCUUCUUUCGUUGUCUGUUAGUAUCGCUCAGACAUGGGCUGCUUUUCGCGUUUUAAAGCAGUCUAAUUGA